CUGAGUUCCAUGCGACCACAUGUCUAAGGAGCAGUGAGAGCGUGACUAUCAGGGAUCACACAAACGUGUCAGGAACUAAGGGACUGGAACUGACCACCUCAACCUCAUUGGAACUGACCAUAUCCACCUCACUGGAACAGACCACAUCAACCUCAUUGGAACUGACCAUAUCCUCCUCAUGGAAGUGACCACCUCAACCUCAUUGGAAUUGUCCACAUCAACCUGACUGGAACUGAACACGUCAACCUCACUGGAACUGAUCACGACAACCUCACUGGAACUGAUCACGACAACCUCACAGGAACUGAUCACGACAACCUCACUGGAACUGAUCACAUCAACCUCACUGUAAGUGACAACCUUAACCAUAAUAGAACUGAUCACAUCAACCUCACUGGAACUGAUCACGUCAACCUCACUGGAACUGAUCACGACAACCUCACUGGAACUGACCGCUGUACUGGAGCAGAUUAUAACAUUAACAUUGUAUUACAUGCUGGGUUUGUACACAGAAUAAUGAAAGUAUUAUAACACGGUAAUAUGUCAACCCUCUGAUGAGAACUUGAACUUAGAGCGUCAAACCGAAGGAAAGUUGAGACAGAGACUCAAGAGUUUCAAAAAGAAAAGACAGAACUACUGUUUUGAAUUCAGCAGAUGGAUGGUAAUAUUGUCCUUCAAUAGACGAACCGCAAUCUCAGACUUAAGAAAAACAUUUGUGUUGAUGCUCUGAGGACUCAACAUAUACAUCCCCCCUGAAUGGAGUACAUCAGCAUGUGAAGACAUGAAGUAAUUCAGAGAUAAACUUCUGACUAAUCAACAGUUCAGUCUAAACACCUCUUAACAAAACCAGGAAGAUUUGGCCCGUGAGGCCCAGUGGCACUGAUUCAAGACCACUGUGGAUUUGACAUGUUUUCUUUGUGACAUUCUCUGCAUCUCAGAGACCUAAAUAGACUCCCAGAAAAUACCCAGAGUGCCGAGCAGCCUAGCGGCACAGUAGAGACAGUUCAGAGAGGAGGGCAGCCGUAAGGCCAUACUGCUUUAUCUUUCCAGAACACUCCUCAGAACACACAGAGCCCGUCCGGAGUCAGAGCUGCUCCUCCCUGCAGGGCAAAUAUAUUUAACCAGGUUCAUGAAGGGUUGGUCCAUUCAAUACAUGUUACUGUCAAAACUCCGACUCCAUUAGAGGACAGAAACUCUACGUCACAGCUCUCACCUCUGACCCCAAGCCUUCAAAUUCCUUCCCCCCAACCAUGAACCCUCAAGGAGGUCAGUACCUGAACAAGGCGGCGGUCCUCUCUCCGCUCGGCGCCGCCCGCCUCUCCCAGCUGGCCCUGGGGUGCUCCGUGGUGGCCAUGGUGACACACAGCGCGGGCUACAGCGGCGGGUCCUAUGGCGUUUUCUGCAUGGCAGUGUGGUGCGCCUGCUUCACCGUGACCACCGUGGUGUUCUUCCUGGACGCCACGCGCCUACACGCCUGUCUGCCCGUCUCCUGGGACAACCUGACGGUGGCCUUCGCGGCCCUGGCGACCCUUAUGUAUGUCACAGCCUCGGUGGUCUAUCCAGUGUACUUCGUCACGGCGGAGUGCCCCUACGCCGGCUGUGAGGUCCGCAACUUCCGCAUCGCCGUCACCAUCUGCUCCGUCGGCGCCUCCCUGGCCUACGCCGCCGAGGUCGUUCUAUCCCGGGCCAAGCCCGGCCGUGUCGUCGGCUACAUGGCAACCGUCUCCGGCCUCCUCAAGGUCGUCCAGGGCUUCGUGGCGUGCGUUAUCUUCGGAGCUCUGGCAAACGGGAGCGAGUACACCCGGCACGCCGCGACCAUUUACUGCGUGGUCGUCUACACCGUCUGCUUUGCUGCGACAACAGUGGUUGUCAUAGUUACUGUCUCCGGUCGUACCGGGUGUCAGAGGUUGCCGUUUGACCGGUUUGUUGUGGUCUACACCCUCCUGGCCGUUCUCCUCUACCUCAGCGCCUCGGUCACCUGGCCCGUGUUCUGCUUCGACAGCAAGUACGGGUCCCCGGGGCGUCCUUCCUCGUGCCCGCGGGGCCGGUGUCCGUGGGACAGCAAGGUCGUCGUGGCGGUCUUCAGCUUCGUCAACCUGGCGCUGUACGUCGCCGACCUGGCGUACUCCCAGCGGAUACGCUUCGUCCACCAGUCACCCCGGGUUUAGACCGACUGGGCUGGAGUAGAACACGGGACACGGGACAGAACGGGUGAACGUGAGCUUCCCAGUGGAUGCCGUUGAGCGUGUGUCUCCUCCGGCACGAAUGUGUCUCACCUCAGUAGUUGUCCAGUAGUUGCCUGACUAUCCCCGUGUGACCUGACCGGCGACCCGGCUGGCCCUCCCCAGUCUGCUGACACUCUACCCUGGUAAUUGACCCCUCUCACGCCCCCCGAAAUAUGCCCGGGGAUGGAUGAGGAUACAGCCGUGCCCGACCACGCCACUGGCAUCUCUAAAUAUAAAUCCCUGUAAGCCCCAAUCCCCGCCCAGCACCCCCCCUGUCUUCCUGACCCUCAACCCCAGCCUCGCCUACUCUCUCUGGGAUAGUGGAUGAGUUUGGGGGGCGGUGACCUGGCUGUUCCAUCUCUUGCUAAACCCCCAAGCACAUUCCCACUCUCUCCCUGAGUCCGGGGGGAAGGGGUGGGGUCUGUCCCUGCGGUUGCCAUAUAAACUACAGCCUCUCCCCAGUACCACCCGCCUGCCCUGCAACGCUUCCACCAGCCUCCACUGGCCCUGCCCCUCUCUCCCCAGC